CCUGUAGCUGUCGGCAUACUCGCGCGAGACAAGGACUUGGCCAUACUUCCAUUGUUUUGAUGCCGAGGCGUCGACAUGUGGGCUGCCUUUAUUCUCCUGGCAGUCCUUGUUAGGCAAUAAUGGAGCAUUCGCACCGGCAAUCCGGAAAUAACCUGGCGUGUGACUCUUGUCGCAUCAAGAAGCUCAGGUGUUCUCGAGAGCGUCCCAGUUGCACCGCCUGCCUCCUGAAUCACCGCGACUGUCACUAUAGUGGUCGAGUCAUUCGGUCUCCACUGACGCGGGCCUAUCUUACUAGUGUUGAACGGCGGCUGCACAACCUUGAAAGUUUGUUUGCUCAGCGUUUGCCCGAUGUCAACCUCGAUGAGGCAUUAGCAUCACUUGGCCAUGAAGACCAUGGGAAAGCCGAGGCUAACCCGCCAACCCCAUAUUCUGUCCAGACUCCAUUUCCAGUCGCAAAAGUCGAUGCUGCUAGUCCAGGGAGUCCAGGAACGUUCUCCGAAGCUGUUCCUGAUGAAGCCGAUGGCUUCGACUGGCAGGAAGAUGUGAACGAUUUGGCUGAUGGUAUGGCCACUCUGUCUGUUGAACCCAAGGGAACCGGCUACUUGGGAUCAACCGCUGGCGUUUUCUUCCUACGCUCCCUGCUAUUCUGGAUGGGGAACCCAUCAUCCAGUACCGACUCACACUAUGCUGCUCCCAACUUCCAACAGGAAUUCGACCAGGUUGCCUCGUCAUCUCGGCUUUCACAAAAUAUGGCUUCGCGUCAGGUUAUGAACAAACUUUUGGAUUCCUACUUCGCCGUGUACCAUGUAUCUUAUCCCUUUGUGCAUGAGGCGACCUUCCGCGCCCAGUUCCAUGAGGUGAUUCCGCGACCGCAAAGACGCUCAUGGCAGAUGCUACUGUACACAAUUCUAGCCCUCGGGGCCUGGUGCAUGAACGAUGGACAGGUGGAACUGGAAGACGACCUCUACCGCCAGGCUCUGUCAUUCGGGGAAGACGAGUCCAUGUUUGAGAGUGCCAAUCUCACAUUCGUGCAGGCGCUUGUCCUGCUCAGCAAUCUUAGCCAAAAGCGCAACAAACCCAAUACAGGCUCCAACUUUCUGGGUCUAGCCACUCGCAUGGCUCUUAGCCUUGGCUUGCAUCGAGAACUACCGGAUUGGGACAUCAAUUGUCUGCAACGAGAGAUGCGCCGGCGAGUUUGGUGGGGCCUUUACAUGUUCGACAGCGGCGCCUCGACGACUUUCGGCAGACCAAUUCUGCUUCCAGGGCUCGAAGCCAUGGACGUGAAAUCCGUUCUCAACAUUGACGACGAGCUACUUACCCCGAGAAGCACAAGGUUGCCCGAAGAGUCAAGCCAACCCACCAUCUACUCUGGCAUGAGAGCCCAAUGUGACUUCCACGUACACUCCAACUACAUCUCUAAUCGACUCCUCUCUACGGCCGGCGUGUCUAUGGAGGAGGCUCUAUCCAUGAAUCAAGCGCUUGACUCAUGGUCCGAAACUUUGCCUCCAUACUUUUCUCUCCAAUCAGGGUCCUCAAGCUCCGAACAGUGGUACCUUUUUACGCGCUCCAAACUCUGGUGGCGAUUCUGGAAUUUGAAGAUCAUCUCUGUCCGCCAACUCUUGCUACGACGAGCAAUGGAAAGAAACGGGAAGAAUUUCACCUUCGCACCAAACCCGCUAGACGACAAGUGCUAUGAUAUAGGAAUAAAUGCCGCUCAUUCGACGAUCGAGUCCAUCGCCGAGUUCUUAGGACAUGCGGAACUGACCCGGCUUGUUAGCUGGUACUCCCUGUACUAUCUAAUCCACGCGUCACUGGUCGCCGCUCUGGCGAUCAUCGGCGGUGCCGGCUCAUCAGAGCUUUCCAACUGGCAGAAAGAUAUCGAGAAAGUCCGCAACAUCCUGUCCACCACUCUCGGGGGAGACCCCCUAGCUACCCGUUGCGCCGACAUACUGAACCACCUCUUACCGGUGAAAUCCGGGGUUCUGAUGCCCAGCAACGAUUUCGAUCCUGCCACAAUGGACUUCUCACUAUGGCCUACGGAUCAAGGGGACGUCUUUGCGUCGCUUGGUUGGCCCGAAACUGGGCAAGGCUUUUAAGGCCGCCGAAGGCCCUACUUUGGCCAGGCGUAAUUAGGGGAUAACGUGGGUCGAUCGAUAUUAUCUAUUGAGUUUCAUGGAUAAAACACUUGGUUGUAUUCACAUCUGUUGUGUCACGCGUAUAUUGUGCCACGGCCGUCAAGUCCAUGGCCAGAGUUUCGUUGUGUCGUGAGCUAGGAGCUGUUAGACAUCUGAAUGAUGAGCAUACCAAUGUUGUGUUGUCUUACGCUACGUUACGCUGCUCGUCCAUUUCCCGCCCAUUUUCAUUAUCUCAUGAAAAGAUAGUCGAAUAUUCAUCCAAACGAUACUCAGUCGUGGCUUGAAACCAUC